ACAAAAGCUGAAGGCUCGACGGCUCGGCCCUAGGUCGGUUUCAGCGUUCAAAUCCGCAUGCCUGGCGGCUCAUCCAGUGCCUUGUGAGUUGUAACGGAUAAACCUCUUUCCCCACGAGCCACUCUCUUCCCCGUCUUUUUCCCCCUUCCCGUUGAAUCUAACAAAAGUGGGGUUGUGGCUGAGAGACGGGGAAGCAAAAGGGAGGCGGGCAAAACCAGAGGCGCACUCGGCAGGUUCAAGGGAAUCGUAGGGGUGGUCGUCAGGGGACACGGUGAUGGCGGGAACGGAGGAAGGGCGACGAAGCGUGCACCCAGACUGCAGGAACGCUUCCAAUCCCUACCACGAGUGCGUCGAUUUCUGCUUCAGACUAAUCGCCGAAGCUAAACGUCGCAAGGAGAUGGAGAAAAUAGAGAAUGAAGAAAGUUGCAAGAUUGACAUCCCUGGCACUGAUAGAUCUACUGAAAAUUAUAUCGAGCCAGCUCUUAGGCAUUUUGGAGAUCCUUCUGGAUCAGCUGAUGACCACGCAGAUGACAAUGGUGAUGCUGGUGAUGAUGAUGCUUCUCAGGGUGCAGGAGUAGAUCCUUCAACCCUCACCGGGAGGCAGAAAAAAUUGUUUGAGUUGAGGCUUAAGAUGAACGAGGCAAGGAAGGCCAAUCAAAUUGACAUAGUAGCAGAAAAGAAGAGGCUUGAAGCACCACCUGAGUCAAGGGGCAUUUCCAAACAAAAGUGGCUAGAGGAAAGGAAGAAAAAAAUCGGAAAACUUCUGGAUGCCAACAAUCUAGAUAUUUCAAGUUCUUAUAUGCUGGAUACACAAGAGAUGGCAGAGAAAAAAUAUAAGAAAUGGGAAAAGGAACCUGCCCCCUUUGGUUGGGAUGUUUUCAACCAGAAAACACUCUAUGAUGCUUACAAGAAGCGUACAAAGAACAUAGAAGUUGACAUGGAUCAGUACAAAAAUUUGAGAGAAUCGGAUCCAGAAUUCUACCGCAGUGCUUCUAGUCUCCAAUAUGGGAAGAUACCAAAAGUCUCGGAGGACAAGGUGGACAAGAUGGUGAAGGAACUUCAGGACAGGGAAGAGAAACGCAAGGCAUUUAGCCGAAGACGAAGGUUCCAUGAAGAGAAAGAUAUUGAUUCGAUCAAUGACAGGAAUGAGCAUUUUAAUAAGAAGAUAGAAAGAGCCUUUGGCAAAUACACAACAGAGAUCAAGAACAAUCUUGAGCGUGGAACAGCUUUACCUGAUUGAGAACCUUCAGGCUUCAAUCGUUGUCGGGCUUGCCACAUUUAUUUUUUUUGUUUACAUCAGUGUUCGUUGUAUUCUUAGAUCACGUUUUUCUUCCAUGCUUAGUUAGUUCAUAUGCCACAAUGCUUUUCAAUAGUUAAUCUGCAUUCCUGUCUUGUGUCC